AUGAUCGGAGCUACCAGGCGCUGGUUUCGCCGCAAUCGCAAGGGUCUCGCGAUUGGAGCCGGCAUUGUCGGCGUUGGGUACUUCGCAGGACAGUAUGUGCUGUCCAAAAUAUCAGAGGCGCGCGAGCGGAUGACCAGCGACAGAAUUGCAAAGGAAAACCUCCGUCGACGCUUCGAACAAAACCAGGCCGACUGCACCUUUACCGUGCUCGCUCUUCUUCCAACAGCCACCGAGAAUAUCCUCGAAGCCCUUCCAGUCGAGGAGCUGACCCAAGAACUACAAAAGAAACGCGCGGAGCGACUAGCCAGGCUCAGCGGGUCAGACGUGCUCACGUCCGAGCCCAGUUCGACCGCUCCCAGUGUCUCAGAAGAAGAUGGCAGGAGCCUUUCCAGCUUCCAGGCCGAUAGCUUCGUUCAUGCGAGUCAAUUAGCUGACUCGACGUUUUCCGAUGCACAACGCCCGAGACGCAGCAAGGCACAGCUGUGGAACGAUGUCAAAAUAUUCUCCAUAACGAGAUCGUUUGUCCUAAUAUAUACUUUGUCUCUGUUGACCCUCUUCACCCGAAUUCAGCUCAACCUUCUCGGUCGACGAAAUUAUCUUUCUAGCGUUCUAUCGCUCGCUAGCCCAUCCGAGAACGACUCAAGCAUCCGCCUAGAAGACAACGCCGAUGACUUAGGGCAGGCUUUUGGAAAUGAUUUUGAGACAAAUAGACGAUAUCUCACAUUCAGCUGGUGGUUAUUACAUCGGGGGUGGAAGGACUUGAUGGAAAGCGUUCGUGCCGGCGUGGAGGACGUGUUUGGGGCACUCAAUCCUCGGGAAGACAUUACACUCGACAGGCUUUCAGAAUUGAUCCUGGAUGUUCGAAAACGCGUGGAGGGAGCCACAGAGGAAGACCGAAGGGCUAAACAGUGGCUCCCAUAUCUACUUCCUCCAAAGGAGGAGGAAGACACAGUAUUACAAGAAUCAGGGGUUCUCAGCUCCGAGGCACCAUCCUCAUCCCAGACAACAGCCAGUCUGAGACAAUUAUUAGACGAAACAUCCGAUCUUGUCGAGUCACCCUCUUUCACCCGAAUCUUGACUUCGUUAAACAAUGAAGGCUUUGCAAAGCUGAUUGAGCAGAAAUGCGCCAACACCCUCUUCAAUAAGCCCCCAUCAUCCGAACCAGCACCCACGACCACAUUCUCUUCAUCUGCUACAAUAGUUCCUUCCUCUUUACCCUCAUCGCCCAAGGCCAAGCUCGCAACAAUCCUAGCCCUAAUCACGCGCGAAGCUCAUAAUAUCGGCAAUGGCUCAAACCCACCAAAUGAAUACCUUACAGCCAUGGAGCGAGGGGUGCAAGAGCUCGAAGCCUUUGCAGCAGUGAUUUACAGUUCUAAUUUUCAUCUUGGACUGCUACAAUCGGAGAAUAAUGCUACUGCUUCCUCAGAGUUUGCGGAAGAAGCCCAAUCAGCACCACAUAUUUCGGGAGAGACCACUAUAGAGAAUAAUGUCACAGACGCCGUUGAAACUGAGAAAUCAGUAACAGCCGAUGACUUUUUUCAGCCGAGUGAAGAGAAGGAAGCAUCUGCAGCGGUCGAUGAUGACCAUGCAUUCGAGAAAGUCUGGGGCAAAGCCGUUGAGCGUUCUGGCUCUGGUUCUGGUCCCAGUUCUGGAGAAGAGGCAUAA